AUGAGCCUACCCAGCAAAGACCUAGAGGAGCUGAGAGAGGAUGUCGACAGAUAUGAACAACAAGUCGCGCAGUCCGGCAGCAGAGAAGAGGCUCUGGAACUUGCCAUCAGAGCUGCGGAAAUUUCUAUGAGAGCCCUCAAUCUCGUCAGCGAUCCAAAUGAAAAGGUCAAGUACUCGACACGAGCCAAGCAACUUAUGCGACAGGCCGAGCAAAUCAAGCAAAGCGGAGAAUGGAGAAGAUCUGCUCCCAGAAUUCCUGUACAGCCGCCAUUGAGAACAGAACAGGCGAGGCUGCUCAAGGAGCCUGUCAAUUCUCGCAAGCUCCCUACAAGUGAGAAGAUACUCUUGCUCAAAGCUAGUUAUCUCAACGGCGUCAAGUUUCCGCCCUGGGAAGGUCCACCUUCUGACAGUGAGUUUGAGCGGAGACCGGGUGAGGCUCUCUUUACCGACGAGCAUUCCGAACUGCCACUAUCGGAAUUCCAAGCAGAGGUACUAGAUGAUUGGAAACGACCAAUUGAUGCGCUACCUCCACCGUCUUGGUUUCCUGAAGAUCGAACGAAUCUUGGGCCCGUCGUGGAGCACGUUGGAGAGGUUGACCUCGUCCAAGAUGCUGCCACCGACUGCUCCGUAGUCGCCUCUCUAUGUGCCGCUGUUGCGAGGGUGAAGCGUGGCCAUCCUCUCAUCUUCCAAACAUGCAUGUCUCCCUUCGAUCGGGAGAAGCAACUACCAAAGAUUUCGAUGAACGGGAAAUAUAUCGCAUGCAUGAACUUUAAUGGCUGCUUUCGCAAAGUUGUCAUCGAUGAUCGCAUUCCGACCAGCAAUAAGAAUAGAGUGAUUCAUGUGGUGGACAGGAACAAUCCAGGCCUAUUGUGGCCGCCUCUGAUUGAAAAGGCAUAUCUGAAAGUACGAGGAGGCUACGACUUUCCCGGCAGCAACAGCGGCACCGACAUUUGGAUUCUCACAGGAUGGAUUCCUGAGCAAGUCUUCCUCCAGGAUAGUGAUCUGGACUUGGACAGGUUCUGGAAGAGAAUCGUAAAAGGCUUCUCAUACGGAGAUGUGCUUGUUACUAUGGGUACAGGUCAAAUUUCGAAGAAGACUGAGAGAGCGCUUGGACUUGCUGGGGAGCACGACUACGCAGUGCUUGACUUGAGGGAGGUCGAUGGUCAGCGCCUCAUGCUCGUCAAGAAUCCGUGGAUGGAAGGUAGUAGCUGGCAUGGAAGAUUCAAGGGCGUUGCCCGAGCUCAAAACAGAACUGGUGAAGAGAACCUGAUCGAGCUGGAUGACGAGCCUGUCGAGUCACCUCGCGACCUGCUCAACGUCGAUGAUCAAUUGAGACCAGGAACCUUUUGGAUGGACAUUGACAAUGUGGUCCAACACUUUGAAUCCAUCUUCCUCAAUUGGAAUACCGGUCUUUUCUCUGUUCGGGAAGACGCUCAUUUCACCUGGGAUUUAUCCGAGAGCGAAGAUCCAAACGUUUCUCGAAAGAACCGAGGGGCGUAUGCGAGCCUGCAAAACGUCCCGCAAUUCACGGUCACCGCCAGCCGGGGUGGAACUAUUUGGGUACUUCUCUGGCGUCAUUUCCAGAACUACGUCCCCGAAGACGCAACACAGGAAGAGAUUGAAAGCGGCCGCAACUUUAUCGACCUCAGCGGCUACAUCGCUUUGGCUGUGUUUGACUCGAUUGGGCGAAAGGUCGUGCUUGCGGAACGGUGCCUUCAAAAGGGCUUCUUCGUCGACAGUCCACAGACGCUUCUCAAGCUAGAAGAUUGUGAGCCGAACAAGGUUUACACCAUUGUACCUCUUGAGCAGGACCUGCAUGCCACGCAGCACAACUUUACCGUCUCAGCGUUCAGCAACUCGCCGUUUACGCUGUCGGAUGCCACGCCGCGAUACCCUUAUGAGAAGAGAGUUGCUGGAGCCUGGACAAAAGAGACGGGUGGCGGGACUUCACAAUCGCCAACAUACUUCGACAACCCACAGUACACCAUUCAUGUUCCGCAGAAGACGAGCAUGAGCAUGCUACUUGAGACUAGUGACGUUAAGCUGAAUGUGCAUGUCAAAUUGCUACACAGUAACGGCCAGCGUCUCCAUCGAAUGGGCCAGAAGGACAUCAUCGUGGACAGCAAGGAGUACCGACCGAGCUGUUGUUUGGCUGAGGUUGAAGAGCUUGAAGCUGGAAACUACACCAUCAUCUGCAGCACUUUUGAACCACAACAAGUCGGGACAUUCACCUUACGCAUUGACUCCUCGCAGCCCAUCGCCGUCCAGCAGCUUCCACGAGAAGGUGCGGGCAGAAUCCGAACAGAACUCAGCAUCGUCAAUUUCAAGCGUGGCGAGAGCAAAGUUGCCGCACCAUUCUCACCACUCCGGCUGAUGAACUUCUACGCUAUCGUCAAGCACCGCGACCAGCAGGAACGCUUUCUCCCUCAGACACAGCAGCGGUCAAACCACUCGCACAUUCGUUUGAGCGUGGAAUUAGGCCGAGGGCCUGAUCGACAUGUUGUUACUGCAUCUAAUGGAGGCGAUUACGCUGAUAGUUCGGGCUUGGUGCGGACGGAGCCCGUGGAUCUCGGCCCGAACUUCAGGAGGUAUGGACAUCGGGAUUGUUGGUUGGUGUUGGACCGGAUGUACGUGAGUGAGGAGACGCGUGAGGAGAGGUUUGCUGUGGAGCUUUUUGUGGACAGGCCGGAUGCUGUGGAGGUGGGGGUCUGGAGGGCUUGGGAGGAUUGA